AUGAAGAAAUUCUUGCUCGAGCGAGGCCUCCGACCACGCUCAGACUUCGCCAAAGCCGCCGGGAUCGAAACACCGGCCACUCUGGACGAGUUCUUCCUCAAAGCCCAGGCAUACAUACAAUAUGAGGAAAAGGAGGCCGCUCAUGCAAUACGUAACUCCAGGCAGGAAGAAAGCAGUAAAAAUGGUCGCCAAGACGAUUUCCGUCGGGGAACGGACAAAAAGAAAGACGACAAGGGCCGAGAUCCCAAGGACUAUAAGGCCCCAGCCGGGAAGUUCCGAGAGUACACCCCGCUCAAUGCUUCGAGGGAACGCAUCUUAAAUGAAUGCGCGAACGCCGAAUUUCAGACGGGCAAGGUAUGCUUCCCUAAGACCAUGCCUGCGCGACCGAAGAUGGAUAAAUCGAAGUUCUGCCGAUUCCACAAAGACCAUGGGCAUAACACUGAGGACUGCAUCCACCUAAAGGAUGCCAUAGAAAUAUUAAUCCGGGAGGGACACCUCAAGCAAUACGCGAAGAAGCAAGAGGCCGCCAAAGAAGCCAAACCGAUCACCGAGGAAAAGCCGACGGAGGAUACGCCCGCCAUGCAAGUAGCCACGAGCAUCACCAGGCCGGAAGACUUUUACCUCCCCGAUUGGGUCAAAUCGGCGAACGCCCCCUCUCCUCACAGCUCAUGGGAAAUGUUCCCCUCCGCCAUGGUCAUAUCCGGCGGGGGAUUCAGCAAACUCACCGUCGGAUCCGUAAAACCAGAAUUCGACAAGCUACUCUCAACCAGUUCGAGCAAAGCCGCUGCUCUCCACCAAGCGAUAGGCAGCCCAUCCUCUAUAUCUUUCUACAAAGAGGAACUGCUCGGUGGAGCGCCCAACGCGACCAUCCCCCUCCUCAUUCGGGCUCAGAUGGCCAAUUUUGACGUGCGAUGCAUCCUAGUCGAUCAAGGGAGUUCGGUGGACAUCAUGUACUCCCAACUGUUGAAAACACUUCAACUCAACGACAACCACCUUACCCCCUAUGUGGGAUCAGACCUACAAGGCUUCAACGGCACCGUGACGAAACCAUGGGGGUUCGUCAAGCUCAUCGUUUCCAUCGGAUCGGCGGAAACCGCCAGGGCCAUCAAAGUCCAAUUCCUGGUCAUCGACUGCCCUUCGAUCUACCAGUGCAUCCUAGGACGCCCGACCCUGGACGAACUGAUCGCGGUCCCCUCGACCGUGCAUCUCAAACUCAAGUACUACACAAUAAAAGGACAUGUCACGACACUCAACGGCGACAUCAAAGUAGCCAGAAGGUGCUUCGAAGCCUCCGUCAAAUGCCUAAGUUCGAUAGAAACAGACACUCAAGACAAUGCAGCGACCAUCGCCAUCCCCGAGCCCAACCUACCAAUCCCGCACAUCGACACUGUCGACCUAGACAGCCGCUUCCUUAAAGAACCCGAGCAGGGCACCCACUCGGGGACAUCUGAGGAGGGCCUCUGGCCAAUUCCAGACGGAGAUUUCGAGCUCGUAGCCCUCGGGGAAGAUCCGACCAGAGGAGUCAAGAUCGGAGCAGACCUACCGGAACUCGCCAAAAUACAACUCAAAGCUUGCCUCCGCGAGAACGCUGACCUGUUCGCCUGA